CAAUGAUGAUGAUGUGUGUUGUUGUAUGUUGCAUUGGUUCAGUUGUGGUGCCUGGUUGCUUUGCUUCAGUUUUUCUUUUUUAGAUUGUAUGGCCGUUUUAUAUAUUAAUAUCAUUAAUGUUAGUAAAAGCUAGAUAAUGUGCUAAUCGUUUAAAUUAAGAACCCAGUCAAAACAGUAGGCAAAACCGUUUCAGUGAUUGACAACCUUCCCGGCUAAUCAGAUGUAGCCAGAUUAUCAUAGUCCAAUCAGAGUCUCCGUGGGAUGAAAGGUAGGUUGUGUCCCACUGAGGAGAAUGUUCUGCUGUUCAGCGCAUCACCGGGGAAAACCGUUACUCCAGUCAGAUAGCUAACGCUCCUGUCAGUUCUUCACACCACAUUUACUCGCUUCAUUUCGCAGCAGCUCCACCGUCCGUCCUCUCGACGACAUUGAAAUGUUACAUUUUCGAUCAACGGUAGCGCUCAAGGAGCUCCUCCACGGCCAGCUGAAGCAUCCGCUCGCAGGCAGGCUUGGCGUCGCGAAAGCCCGCUCCACCGCGGUCGGAGAGGAUGGAAGGUCACCGGGCAGAGGACGGCUGUUUUCCGGAUGGAAAGCGCCGCAGCACCUCCCCAGGAGGAGCGGCAUGCGACGCUUCUGCAGCCAGGGUGACGGCCACGGCGAGCCCGCGAAGGACGCUCCGUCAGAGAAGAGAAGGAAGGCAGGCAUCCUGCCCAGUCUGGAGGACCUUCUCUUCUACACAAUUGCAGAAGGCCAGGAGAGAAUUCCUGCACACAAAUUCACCACAGCUCUUAAAGCCACCGGGCUUCGCACAGGUGACCCACGGCUAAAAGAAUGUAUGGAGAUGCUGAAAGUGACCUUGAAGACAACUUCUGAUGGAGCACUGGACCGACAUCUCUUCAAAAAGUGUGUACAAAGCAACAUUGUUCUUCUGACCCAAGCCUUCAGAAAGAAGUUUGUCAUUCCGGACUUUCAGCCUUUCUCUGCUCACAUUGAUGAGCUCUAUGAAAAUGCCAAAAACCUGUCAGGAGGACAGGUGGCAGACUACAUUCCCCAGCUGGCCCGCUUCAGCCCAGACCUGUGGGCUGUUGCCCUGUGCACUGUGGAUGGUCAGAGGCACACUGUUGGUGACACCAAGGUUCCUUUUUGUUUGCAGUCUUGCGUCAAGCCAUUAAAAUAUGCCAUUGCUGUUCACGACCACGGCACUGAGUAUGUACACCGAUUCAUCGGCAAAGAGCCCAGUGGUCUGCGGUUUAAUAAGCUGUUCCUGAAUGAAGAUGAUAAACCACACAAUCCCAUGGUUAAUGCUGGAGCUAUUGUCUGUACCUCCCUCAUAAAGCAAGGCGCAAGCAAUGCCGAAAAAUUUGAUUAUGUGAUGAACUUCAUGAACAAACUGGCGGGAAACGAGUACGUGGGCUUCAGCAAUGCCACUUUCCAAUCAGAACGUGAGUCUGGUGACAGAAACUUUGCCAUUGGCUACUACCUAAAGGAAAAGAAGUGUUUUCCUGAGGGAACAGAUAUGACCGCCAUCCUCGACUUUUAUUUCCAGUUGUGCUCCAUCGAGGUAACGUGUGAGAGCGCCAGCGUCAUGGCAGCGACUCUGGCCAACGGUGGCUUCUGUCCAAUCACAGGAGAGCGUGUGCUGAGCCCUGAGGCUGUGCGAAACACCCUGAGUCUCAUGCAUUCCUGUGGCAUGUACGACUUCUCUGGGCAGUUCGCGUUCCACGUGGGUCUUCCAGCUAAAUCUGGUGUUGCUGGUGGGAUUCUGCUGGUUGUUCCAAACGUGAUGGGCAUCAUGUGUUGGUCUCCUCCUCUCGACAAGUUGGGCAACAGUGUCAGAGGCAUCCAGUUCUGCACGGACUUGGUUUCUCUCUUUAACUUUCACAACUAUGAUAAUCUGAGACACUUUGCUAAGAAACAUGAUCCUCGCAGGGAAGGUGGAGACCAAAGGGUGAAGUCUGUGAUCAACUUGCUGUUUGCAGCGUACACUGGAGACGUGUCAGCGCUCAGGAGGUUUGCAUUGUCCUCCAUGGACAUGGAACAGAGGGACUACGACUCCAGGACAGCACUACACGUUGCAGCUGCUGAAGGACACGCUGAAGUGGUCCGCUUUCUGCUGGAGGCCUGUAAAGUGAACCCAGUUCCCAAAGACAGGUGGGGGAACACACCAAUGGAUGAGGCCGUUCACUUUGGCCACCACGACGUGGUGACCAUACUCCGUGACUACCACAGCCAGUACAGCCCUCAGGAGGCUCAGAACAGCGAGGCCAACAAGCAGAAUGCAGAGAAGAACCUGGAUGGUAUGCUCUGAUGGAAUCAACACAAGAACAACAAGGGUCAGGAAAGUCAACGAUGUUAUUCCGAGAGGAAAAAUAGUCAAAGUUAGAAAGGAAAACUGAAACUCAACAACAUAGAAAAAAGCUGCAUAAUCCUGUUAGAAACAAACUUACAGUAGGAUAGGACAUCUCUUGUGUCUUGUUAAACAGAACAACCACCAACCCUACAGUGUAAAACCUCCUCGUCAUGUUGGUAUUCUAGCUGUUGUUGGGUUUUGUACUAUAUUACUUAAACUACUCUUCGUGUGGACAUAUUUAUUUUGAUUCCUCUUUCUUACUUUUAAACCCUGUUUUGUAGAGAGCAGCCAGCCACCAAUUGAAUUCUGGGUAAAUUCAGCUGUGGUUUGGUCAUGGAUUACUCACAAAGGGUUGUUUUAGUCUGAAAAGCCAAAACAGGAAGCAGUAGGUUUUACACUUUUUCGUGCCCUGAUUAAAAACCUUCAUGGUCACUACAUGGUGGAAUGUAUCUUCCCCAAAAUACUUUUGUAUGUGUGUGCGUGAUAUUUAUUUAUCUAUUGAAGAUGAACUGUACAUUGUUGUAGUGUUUGUAUAUUCUUGAGAGCAAAAUAAGCAGUGUAAAUAAGUGCAAGUGUAUAACUAGUUGUUUAGUCCAUGAGCUCCCACUAAAACAAAGCACUUCCCAUCUGGUGUAUUUAGCUCUGAUAAGUUGUUACAUAGCUUUCACUGAUACCACACAUCAGUAUUUCAGUUUUAUGUCUGACAUUUACAUCUUUAUUUUAAUUUUGUCAUCUUAAAACAGUUAAAUGUUCAACUUUAACAGUACAUAUGAAGAUACAGUAACAACGCUUCUGUUUAUUUAUCAGCUGUUUUUCCCCUAAAGCUCGAUGUAAUUUUUUCUUCCUGCUGCUGUUGCUUUUACUGUUUAAUUAAUCUGUAACAUAAUGAUGUGAAUGAUGUAAGAACGCUGGCCAAAGGUUGCUACUCGUCUCCUACAUAUCAGACACAACACUGCCAGCAGUAGCAGGAUCCUCCACUUUCAGAAAGAUUGACCUAAAUACUGAAAGAAUAUCAAGUUACUGCCGUUUAAUGUAGUGGAGUUUUUCUGACUUGAACAUGAUGGUUUUUGUAGAGAGAAUGUGUUGACUCUGUAAUGUAUCACAGGAAUAAUAUGGUUUGUAUGUAGACGCUUGUUCCUGUCGAGGACUCAGGAAGGUUUGGUCAGAAACCUUAAUAACUGGAUGAGCUUUAUAUGCAAAUGCAUUGUUUGUUGUAUCUGUAAUGUACAAAAUGAUCUGUCAUACUUGAAAUGUUGUACAGGUGUUUAGUUUCUGUGUGUUUGUAGUGUGUGAAACUUAGCCUUUUUCUGUAGGGACAAGAUGAACCAGGCAAUCAACAUGUCUGCACGUCUACGAUCCAAACAUGUAGGUCCUCUGGUUGGGGUCUACUCAUUCCUUACAUUUGUUAAGUGAUCUAAAUGAGCACAAACAUAUACAACAACCUGCAAUAUUUAAUGCACAAUUAGCAAUAGUAACAUAUAAACAGCAAAAUAUAGAUUUGACUUCCUUUAAUGAGCACGUCGCAAACCUGCAGCUCCAAUCCGUCAUCUGUGGAUUUGUGAUUUUUGUUUGUGCAGCUGUGACUUGGAGUGUUCUGAAUGUGUUUGGUGUCCUUUCUCUUCAUGUGUAUGUAUGUGUGUGUAUGCACACACACACUUUCUGUGACAAUGCAGCCAGUCUUGAAAUGUAUUCACAGAUCAAACUGUAAUAAAAGUUAGAAAAACAGUUUUUUACUAGUA